GAUCACCCGUCUUUGUAUCCACAGACGCACAGUAAAAUGAUCAUCCCCUCCUGACAGCAGCACUGUUUGGAAGCAAGAAGCCAAUACGUUGAGAUGGCAUUACCUAAGGCAUUACGAUUCACGGUCGUUCUUCUGGUUAUAUGCUACAUCCUGGAGCAUCAGGGAUACAGAGAGUCUAUGAGUGUAUUCUUUGAGGAAUUGAUAGGUACAGCACACACAGAAGCCAGAGAAAAAAGAAUGGAUUCCUCAAAUUCCUCUCAGAUUACAAUCCAAAAUGAAUUAGAGGAGCUGGAAGGAAUCAACACAACAGAUUUGCUGGUCAUUGAUGUCGUCCUGGAUUUAAGCCUCCCGGCCUCCUUUGAACCACUCAUUCAAACAUACAGAGAGAGGGUGGCCAGUCUCCCUCUGCCCUACAGCCUCAGUCCAUCUGUAACAAUAUUAGACUUAAAUUUCACCACAUUGUGUGCCCAAAACUCCACCGGAGGACUGCAGUGUCAGUGUGAAGAGCAGUUUGCUUGGUCAUGUGACAAGUGUGACCGCUAUGGUGCAUGCAGUGAUUCCAUCAGUCAGUCCUGUAGGUGCAUUCAUGGACUUACUUCUGACGGAGAGUUCUGUGAACCAGUCACAAAUGUCGCUCCAUGUCCAUCGCCGACUCCUGUGACAACACCAAUGGUUACAACGACAACGGCAAUGGCCACAACAACGCCAAUGAUCAUAACAACGCCAACACCGACUUCUGAUUUGCUGGUCAUUGAUGUCGUCCUGGAUUUAAGCCUCCCGGCCUCCUUUGAACCACUCAUUCAAACAUACAGAGAGAGGGUGGCCAGUCUCCCUCUGCCCUACAGCCUCAGUCCAUCUGUAACAAUAUUAGACUUAAAUUUCACCACAUUGUGUGCCCAAAACUCCACCGGAGGACUGCAGUGUCAGUGUGAAGAGCAGUUUGCUUGGUCAUGUGACAAGUGUGACCGCUAUGGUGCAUGCAGUGAUUCCAUCAGUCAGUCCUGUAGGUGCAUUCAUGGACUUCCUUCUGACGGAGAGUUCUGUGAACCAGUCACAAAUGUCGCUCCAUGUCCAUCGCCGACUCCUGUCACAACAACAACGCCAGUGGUCACAACAACAACACCAAUGGUCACAACAACAACGCCAGUGGUCACAACAACAACGCCAAUGCCUAUUCCAAGCCACACUUUUAACCUGAAUUAG